AUGGAUCAUGACGAUCAUACUACUCUGUCAAAGUAUACUUUGUAUGAGACAAAAGGCCGGCUUAUCAUCGCCGCCAGCAGCGGGGACGUCCACAAAGUCUUGAAGAUAGAUCGUACCGACCCCACAGGUCUCAGCGUCGUUCAAGAUCCCACCACAUACACUCACAGAGAGCUGGAACAACUCCUGUUGAUGAUAAAAGAUGGUAACAAGAGUCAGGGUGGGCUGGAGAAGGUCAUGGAUUUCUAUGGAUUGAUCGGUUUCGUUAGGUUCACCGCUGGAUGGUAUUUGAUAGGUAUAGCCAAACGAUCCGUUGUUGGGCUUCUCGGGGGUCAUUAUAUUUACCACUGCGACGAAACGGCUGUUUUGCCAAUACCCACCAAACCCGAUCGUAGCUCUCAAGAGACCAAGUUACUGGCCACUUUCCAAACUGUGGAUCUUACCAAAAAUUUCUACUUUUCCUAUUCUUACGACAUCACCAACACGCUCCAGACCAACCUCACGAUCUCUGACGCUGAUCGGAAAUGGAACUCUCGUUUCAUGUGGAACCACCGUCUCCUUACCCCCGCCUUUGACUUGGACGCUCCAAGAGGACAAAGUAGAUGGAUACUGCCCAUGAUCCGAGGUUUUGUGGAUCAAGCCAAAAUCCAGGUCUUCACUCGGACCAUAUAUCUUACUUUACUGGCUAGACGAUCGAGAUUUUACGCUGGGGCUAGAUAUCUCACCAGAGGUGUCAAUGAGAAUGGACAUGUGGCAAAUGAAGUGGAGACCGAGCAAAUUGUCUCUGAACCACUCGCUACUGGUUUUGGUAUAGAACAUGGUAAAGCGAAUAAAGCGGCAUAUGGCGGUUACACAUCUUUCGUUCAAUAUAGAGGUUCUAUUCCUGUUAUGUGGCACCAAGAAUCGAAUCAAAUGACCCCAAGACCACCGAUCGAGAUCACUAUCAAAGAUCCGUUCUACACUCCAGCGGCGAAACACUUUGAUGAUCUGUUAGGCAGAUACGGUGCUCCUAUAUAUAUUCUGAAUCUCGUCAAAAGUCGCGAGUCAGUUCCGAGAGAAAGUAAAUUGUUAUAUGAGUACGGUCAAUGUGUCCAAUAUCUUAAUCAAUUCUUACCAGAGGGGAAGAAGAUGGUUUACAUCGCAUGGGAUAUGGCACAAGCAACCAAAAAUGGUCAUCAAGACAUCAUGGGUGUUUUAGAAGACAUUUGUGAAGAAAGUCUAGCAGCUACGAAUUUCUUUCACGGUGGUUCAAGUCGUAGUCAACAAGGAGAGCAACAACGACGUGUUGGUCCAUUAUUACAACAAGGUAUUCUACGUACCAAUUGCGUAGAUUGUUUGGAUCGUACAAACGCAGCUCAAUUCGCUAUUGCUAAACGUGCUUUGGGACAUCAACUCUUUUCACUCGGUUUCCUCUCUGCACCGGAUAAAUUACCUUUCAACUGUGAUGCCGUGGACGUUUUGACAGAGAUGUAUCAUGAUCACGGUGAUACUCUAGCAUGGCAAUAUACUGGAAGUGCAUUGGUGAAUAGAGUAGAUACAUAUCGAAGAACAAAAGCUACUCAAUGGACAUCACAUUCUAGAGAUUUACUAGAAAAUAUCAGAAGGUUUUAUACCAACUCUAUGCUUGACGCCGAUAAACAAGCAGCUAUCAACCUUUUCCUCGGUGUGGAACCUUCUGCACCUGUUUAUAAAGCGGACAGACCACAUUAUCGACAAUGGUUCACACCCUCUCAUCUUGAUCCACCAAAGGUGGAAGUGCUCGAACCUGUCAAUGAGGUAUUUAAAGAGUAUUACAAACCUCAUAUACUCUCUCAGUUGGAUAGAUUGUACGCAUUCACCAUGAACUCUACCAACAGGUUUCACGCACGGUCAAAAGGUGAUCAUGGAAAUAGUCCAUUCACUUCACGUAACCGACCUCUUCGAUCAACGACAGCGAUGGAUGAUACUUCUUCCAUACCAGAACCUCGACGCUCUGAAACUGACAACAAACCCAAUUCUUCUGAAAUUAAAUCAGAUCCUCAUCCUAUCGAAACACUCAUAUCAUCUCUACUCGAUCCACCUGAUAUCGAUCAACGUGCUCAGGAAUACGAUUGGUAUACACAUUAUCACGCUGACGAACUUGUUUCGUCUCAUACCAUAGGAGAAGAGAAAGAUCUACAAUUGUAUCUUCGAGCGGCGCAAUUAGCAGAGGGUCAAGAUGUCGAAAGACUUUUGGAUGUGGAAGGUUCAGGGAAUGUCGUAUCGAAUUGGAUCAUAAGUGAUAAUAGAGAAAAAUGGGAGAUGAAAGAUGAAGUAAUGGUACCUCGUGUUAAUGUUCAAUUGUAUGAGAAAUGGUCAGAAACAUGA